UUAGAAUGGUCGGUCGGCUGGCCGGCCGGAGAAAUGGGCUUUAAACCGGAGAACCGAUAAGACUCCCGGUCCAGGAGUCGCAUGGAAAUCGGGUACCCCGAGGCGAGAGGAGUUAAUUUGCAUAUUGUCAUGUACCAAAUGGAUCAUUAUUAAAAGAUGAGAAAAAUGAACCAAUUAAUGAAUGGAGGAGAAGAAAUUUUCAGAGAAUUGUGUGCAUGUAAUGCAUUAUCAUAUGAGAAGAUUGCUCAGGAAGGAGCACAUGUCACUGAACUGGAAAUGUUUUUCUCGGGAUAUCCUCGAAUGGUGGGACUCCUAAACUUUCCAAAUUUAGUCGUUCUUACAUUGGUAAAGCAGGAUAUCAGACGAAUUGAAGGUUUGGAAGGCUGUCCUUUGCUUUCUGAACUAUGGAUCGUGGAGUCCCAUUUAGUGGACAUUGAAGGAUUAGAUUUAUGUACAAAUCUUCAAAAACUCUACUUGUAUUACAAUAGGAUCACUAAGAUUAAAAAUCUGGAAAAUCUAACAAAGUUGGAGAUUCUUUGGUUGAACAACAAUAAAAUUAAAGUCAUAGAAGGGCUAAAUUCGCUAAAGAAUCUAAAGGAGCUGAAUCUUGCUGGUAAUUUAAUUGAUGUGAUUCAUAACUCCUUGGACUUUAAUGUUCAGCUAAAAUGGCUCAAUAUGUCAGGGAACAGAAUAAGUUCCUUUAAGGAACUCACUAAUUUAGCAAGACUGCCUGAGCUUCAAGAGUUAAGUCUAAGAGAUCCACAGUACACACCUAAUCCUGUCUCUCUUCUUUGUAACUACAUUACACAUGUCGUGUAUCACAUUCCAAAGCUUUUGAAACUGGAUAGUUAUGAUGUUUCCAGUAAACAAGUCAAGGAGUUUGCUGAGUCAACUGUGAUGAAAAAGACAAUGUAUUACAGCAUGCGUGUAAAGACCAUCCAUUACCAACUUGCUGAAAUCAUAGAAAGGCUGCAGAAACAACAAAGUUACUUGCAGGAAGUACCUCUGGAACGAAUAAAAACCAUAAACUUUGUCAUAAAAAGUCUAGAAUCUGAAUUGACAAUGUUCCAAAUGAGCAAAAGGCAAAAUUCUGUUCCAACCUCUCUGAAUGGGUUGAAGAAUACAGUUGAGAUGGAAGAGGUGCACAGCAGUGGCAGUUCUGUUAAGGAAACUACAGAAGAUCCUAAUUCAGAGAAGAAGUUUUCCCAAAAAUUGGAUGCUCUGAAAAAAAGGCUAACGUUUUGGAACACAAGGCUGGAUGAAACCGAAAUGGGCUAUGAGAUGGAAGUAAAGUCAACAACUGAGUUUUUUAAUUUGAGUAUUCUGUUUCUAUUCAUUGAACUGGAAACAGUGGGGAAUAUUCGUUUUGAAGAAGGCACUCCCUCUGACAUGUGGUUCACCUCUUGCUACGAUGUAAUCUUAUCACGAUUCUGUGCUUGGGAUUUCAAAAGACUUGGAGUGACAGGGUUAAAAAUAAAUCGUAUAAUUAGAGUUCACAAUCGAAUUCUAAGGUUGAAAUAUGAGGAAAAGAUCCAUUCCAUUUUGAGCAAAGAAGGAUCAUCGUAUAAAUCAGAAAACUACAAAAAGAUGCUGGAAUACCUGUUUUAUGUAUUUGAUCCAGAAAUAUCCACUAGAAAGAAUGAAAUUCUAUGUAUUCUUGAGGAUGGCUUCAAAAAAGCAGAAGUGUACAAGUUUCUAGGUCGCGAUGAAGCAGUUCCUCUUUGCAACAGUAUGAGCAUAUGUGAACAGCCCAGAAUAGAAUACCUGCAGCAACAAGCAAAAGCCUGGAAUACUAAUUUUAUUGAUCCGGUACCUUUCAGAUAUGGUCAACUGAUCAUUGCCAAAGUAUUCCUUGGUCAUAGUGUUCAGGCCUUUGACUCAGAACUGGUUCAACGGUUAAAGUACCCAAAUGCAAAUUCUGUCUAUAGACCAUGGAAGAUAGAUACCAGAUCUGCCAUAGAUAAAGGAACUUCAACAUCCGUAAAACUCCAUGGCAGCUGCGAUUGCAGUCUUCGUCAGUACGAGUGGUUUGUAUUUGACCAUGAACUUGUUGUGCCUGAAUACCUCAUCGACUUUGAAUACAUAACACAGGUAUGGAUACAGAAGUUUUAUUCUGCUUUUUCUGAAAAUAAAACAUCUCAAAAGAAGUACAGUAAAGCAGAGAUAAUGAUGGUACAGCAAGCCAAGGCCCUUGAUGAAGAAGUUCUGAGAAUGGAUCCUGUUGUGAAGCAAAAACCUAAAAUAUUAAGUUUGGAAGGAAUGACGUUACUUUCUAUAUCUAAAGCUUCAGCACUGAAUCACAUCACAAUUCUGAAUUUACAUGGGCAUAGUCUGAGUAAACUAAAAGGUAUCUCCAAACUUACAAGUUUACAGAAACUUAUUGUCAGUUUUAAUGAACUUGUGCAACUGGAUGAUGUUACAAACCUGCCACAAUUAACAUAUUUGGAUGCAAGCCACAACCAUUUGAUAACAUUAGAUGGAUUCAAAGGAAUGGAAAAUCUUAAAUAUUUGGACGUGAGUUGGAAUCAACUAACUUACAUUAAAGAGGAAAUUGGAAUCCUUCGUAAGCAUGCUUUAGAUCUUCUUACACUUGAUCUCCGCCACAACCCAUGGAAAAAGCCUGCAUUGUUGCGCCCGAUAGCCAUUGGCCAGUUGAAGGCUCUCACUUAUUUGAAUGGGUGCAUUGUAACAGAGGAAGAAAUUGCAGCAGCCUUGAGUAUUACUACUGGAUUUAAGCUAACACAGGUUUCUUUAUUGGCCUGUUCGCGGACAGAUGAAGAACCCCCUCGUUGCCUCAGUUUAAUGAACUGUGCUCAGAUCCUGACUCAGAUCAGCAAAAACAAGCCAAAUCCAUCUGUUGACCAACGCACAACCUGUUUUCCUUUGCAGAUUACUGCAUUAAAUUUGGAUGGACAGAAUAUUUCACGACUCACUAAUCUCGAUAAACUGGAGAAUUUGCGUUGGGCUUCAUUUAACAGCAACAUCAUUCGUAGGCUUGAAGGCUUGGAUCAGUGCCUUAAGCUUGAAGAACUUUCUCUGGAAGACAACUUUAUUACUAAACUAGAAGGGAUAUCAAGGCUGACCAAGCUAACUCGAUUGAAUCUUGGUAAUAAUCAACUGAAAAAUUUGGAAGAUUCUGGUCUAGAUAAGUUAACACAUCUCCACUACCUAUCACUAGAAUUCAACAAAAUUUCUUCACUACGUGGUUUGCAAAAACUUUAUACCCUAACCGAACUAUAUUUGGGAAAUAACCACAUAAAUAACAACUGUGAGGUGUACCAUUUAAAGGGAAUGGAGAACCUUGUGAUUUUGGACUUUUAUGGAAACCCUUUGGUCACUAAGCAGGAACAUUAUCGCCUCUUUGUCAUCUAUCACCUGCCUGCAUUGAAGGCUCUUGAUGGAAACCUAGUGGAACUGUCAGAAAUUGAUAAUGCAAAAGAUUUGUUUGGAGGUAGACUCACUUCUGAUAUGGUUACAGAGAAACUUGGACAUUCAAACUUUUCAGAGCUCUUAAGGCUGGAUAUGCCUGAAUCUUUAAUUAGAUCUGUAGAUCUUGCACCUCCAGAGAAAUAUGGGCGCUUGCAAAGAAUCAAUUUAGAACACAAUAACCUCACAUCUUUCAGUGGCCUUAUCUAUCUACCUCAUGUCAAAGUACUUUAUUUAAACCACAACCACAUUGAAACCAUUUUCCCAAGACAAAAGCCACAAAUUCACUUGACCAACAGACAGCUUCUUCAGCAAAAAGUGUCUUCCAGUGGCUAUGGCCAGCCAGGAAUUUCCAGAGGCAACAGCAGACAUACAGAUUAUGUGAGCCUUCCUCCAGUUAUGGAAAGCUUAGAAGUACUUUACUUAGGCUACAAUGGCAUCUCUAGCCUGGCUCAAUUACAGUUGAGUAGACUGAUAAAUUUGAGAGUAUUGUAUUUAGAAGGUAAUUUUAUUAGUCAGAUUGAAGGGCUUGACCGUCUUCAUUACCUUACUGAAUUAUCACUGGAACGAAACCGAAUCAGAAUCAUUCAUGAAAACUCCUUUUUAGACCAAAGCUCUCUCAUUGAACUCCAUUUAGAGGAGAAUAGAAUGCGAGACCUCAACAACUUGUAUCGGUUGGUAAAACUGCAGCGACUUUUCCUUGGUGGAAAUAAAGUCCAGGAUAUAGGUGAACUGGAAAAACUUGAUUCACUUUCAAAUUUGACAGAGCUUUCAGUUGUUGGAAAUCCUGUCUCUCGAAAAAUGUUAUGUCGUCCAUUCCUUGUGUUUCGAUUGAUGAAUCUCCAGAUAUUAGAUGGUGUACCAGUCUCUACAGAAGAGAAGGAAAGAGCUGAAUUUAUAUUGUGUGAACACAACGCAACACCUUUGAAACCUACUACUGAACCUGGGUUGUCUGUAAUUAUGCCAUUAUUAACAAGGCCAAGUAUUCUGCAGGCAUCAGGUAGUAUGACAAGACGGUUGCAUCCUUUAACAGCACCAGAAUUUAAUCUCCCACGUGGUUUUGGAGACUCAGCACCGCAGGAGAUGACCAAAAACAAGAGACACAAACAUUUGGGAGGGAACCUACCUAACACUCAAAAUAUGCAAUCAGACAUUGUUUGCAAGCAAUUGAAAAGUGGGGCAAACUAUCCAUCUCCUUACAUGAAGCAGCAGAGAGGCAAUACUCGGAAUAUACAUACUUUGAUGCACUCUCAAGAACAAGAUAACAGGGGACACCUCAACAGUGCUCCAAAGCGAAUGUAAAAAAACUCAAGAGUGGGAAGAAAAGCAAUAUGGUCAGCUCUUUCUGCAAAUGGGGAAGGACAACUUUUGACCAGCACCAUUUGUUCUUUACCUUCUGCAGAACUCAUGAAAUAUUCAUUGUGGCAGUAACCUAUAGAUUUAACAUUUCUAGAAAUUGCUGAUUUUUUUCAAGAUC